AUCACCGCAUCUGAACGUCCCCCAGGUAUCGUCAUGGCUGGAAUCGGACGACCAUCCCAAAGUGGAUUGAAUGGUACGCAUCUUGAGCCAUUACCAACUUCUUAUUAUCACUUUUCAAAUGCCAAGAGGAAUUCAAAUGUGAAGGAUAAAUACGAGAAAAGUCUCCAGAAUCUUUCAACGGCUAGAGCAGAUUUCGCCAAGAUGAAAGUCGAAAUGAAACAGUUGGACACAAAUCUUGACGAUAGAAUUACACUUGAAAAGACCGAUCAAGCCCGUGCGGCUAUGGAGAAUAGCAGAAGAAUCUACGAGAGGAUUUGUAGAUUAUCAUUCAAUAGGACAGCAAUACCGAUGUUGCAUACAUUGUACUCGGAGGGACAAACUGCAAUAGAAAGUCAAGCGGAGAUGGAGGAAGAGUUGGAGGAAAGAAAACAGUUGAAUAAGAAACGAAAAGUUGUUCGUGAGAGAAAAGGAAAAGAGCUGAAAGAGAAGGAAGCGGAACUUCGAAAUCUGGAGUGGCAGUGUAGAAUUUUGGAGACAGUGUGCAAUCGAUUUUCUCUACUUCUGAAAGUGUCUGGAGAGUUAGUCAGAGAGUCAGAGGAGAAGAAGAUUCCUCAAUUGAUUACAAUGGUGGACGAGUUGAAGAAGAAGCUAGAUCGAAAUCCGUACGUUUUGGAUGACGAGCUCACCAGACACGAAGUCAAGAUUCUCGAGAAAAUUUCAAAACACUCGAAAGUGAGAAAGGUUGCCAAAAAAUUGAGAAAAUGGUUUCGAGUCGAAGUUUUGGGAGAUGAGAAAAAGCCAAAAAAGCCUAAAGAUACUGCAAAAAUGCCAUCCGGAUCUCCAAUGAAGUCUGAAAAAAGUCUUGAAGCUUCGAAUCGUGAAUCCAAAAUCCAUGAGAAAAUGGAAAUUAAACCUCAAAUUCGUGGAAUUUCGGGUUCCGAAGACUCUCAUAAACCGAACAAAAGACCAAGUCAGUGCAGCAGUCAGGAGGAGCCUCCUCGUCCAGCCAAAAUUCCGAAAUCCAGCUGUCACAUCAAGAAGGAAAUUAUCAUUUAUUAA